AAGAUAUGCAAGUAAAAUAUUGCUCCAAGUGACAAUCUUGGUGAAACUGCGCCCUCCAUGUGUGCAACCCUACCUCAAGAAACCGGAUACGGAUGUGAGGUUUGAAUACAACAGCUCCAGGACCGCGUUGGAUGCCUGGUUUUUACAGAGAUGAGCGGUGAGAACGUGAAGUUGUUUGUAGGGAACCUUCCUAUAGAUGCUACGCAUGAAGAACUGAACAAGCUCUUUGCUCCAUAUGGAGAGAUCAACACCUGCUCGUUGCUCAGACAGUAUGCCUUCGUUACCCUGAAGGGAGAGGGGGCAGCAGACAGGGCGAUACGACAUCUUGAUGGCAAAGAGUACCGCGGCAGACCCCUGGUAGUCGAAGAGUCACGAGCACGCCCACCCAACUCCACUAAAGUGUUUGUGGGGAACCUCAGCGCUACAUGUUCAGCAGAUGACUUGCAUGGGCUGUUCUCAGCCUUCGGAAGAGUUUUAGACUGUGAUAAAGUCAAAGCAAGGUUAUGCUCAAAUGUCGGCUAUGCGUUCGUGCAUAUGGAGAGGAAGGAGGAAGCCUUGGCGGCUAUUGAGGCGCUCAAUGGGACCAUGUUCAAGGGGCGUCAGUUGGCUGUAGAGCUCUCCAAAGCCCAACCUCUGAUAAACCAGAUUAUGACAGCUGGAAAUUCAGCUAAUCCCACAGGUGCUGUAACAGCAGCAGGUGGCAGAGAGGGUCUUCUUCCACGACCGCCUCCGUCACUAGAGCAUCAUCAGAGUCAAGCAGCUGUGCUAGCUGCAGCUGCAGCUGCUGCAGCUGGAUUACCCAUACAAGUUCAACAAAGUGUCCAUAACUCUUUCUACAACACCACAUCCUUUGACCCCACCUAUGCUGCCCUGAAAGGGAUCACCAGUUCUAAAGGUGCAGAUGGAGUCAUAUAUGGAGCUCUUGCCAGCCAAGUGUAUGGAUCUGUAGCUGACCAGGUGUUUCAUGAGAUGGCAAAUCACAAUUCUGCAUCGACCGCAGUUGAGGAAGAGGUGGAGCCCCAGACUGUACCAGAUCCAACAACACUUUUCGAAGCAGCGAGAGCCAAGUUCUUUCAGGAGGGACAGAAGGUUCUGGCAGAGCAGCAGGCAGGAAGAAAGGCUGCACCUUCAGAUAAUGAGCGGGACCGCAGCCCAAUACGAGGAAAUCGAGCUCCUCUCCUCCCUGACCCUGUUCCAGGUUCAUUUGCUCAGAUACGCCCCAAACGACGCGCCCUGCUUCCAACACCACCUGGAGCACCUGAAGACCCUGUCGCUGCCACCACCACAACUCCUGAAGGAGCGGAUCCUGUUGCGAGGUCAUAUACAGAAUACUACCAACAAAUGCAUCAGUACCAACAGUAUCAACAGUACCAGCAACAGUACCAGUACCUCCAGUAUGCCUACACCAAUCCUCCACCACCACCUCCGCCUCCACCGGCAACCACACAGGCACCUGCUUCCACCACAACCCCUGCACCACCAGGGACAUACACAGCACUCCCAACAUAUGCCGCAUCGGAUUCCUAUGCAGCCCCAGGAACGUACGACACUUCGGGAAGUUAUGACGCCUCAUCCAGGAGCUACGACGCUUCAUCCGGGAGCUACGAUGCCUCGUCUGGAAGCUACGACGCCUCAGCGGGCUAUGACACAUCUGGAGGCUACGGGGCACCGGGAGCAUAUGAUUCAUCGGGAGCUUACGGAGCGGGAAGCUACUCCACCUCCACACCGUAUGAGCAGACACCCGCACACGGGCAACCCAUGCCCCCGCGCCACGAUUACCCUUACCACACGCCAGAACCCCCUUAUCGAUAGUCCCACCCCCCUCCCACACGCUCCUUACACAUGGCAGAUGUGUGAUUGUGUGUGUGCGCGUGUAUGUGUUUGUGUGUGUACGUGGGCGAGCAUACAUAAGGGACAGUUUAAAGGGGAAAAACUAGAGAGUGGGCAAGGUUGUGAUUCUCCCCUGUUUCUCCAUCUUGACCUACUAGUCUCUCAAUGGAUGAUUACUCAGUUAAGUGGAUGAUUAUGAGCUAGCAAGGUCUCUGGAGUAGUGGAGAUGAGGGAGGCAGCUGAUACUGGAGUGCUGUUAAGCAUUUAUAGUUCCUGUUAGAUGUGAUAUAGGGGCACAGCUGGUUCCUUGUUGAAUGUUAAAGCUUAAAUUUUGCCUCAAACAAGGUCGGACUCAGAAGUUGGGUUUUUGUCAGUUCAAAAGAGCUUUCUGUUCGGUGUCAGGCGAAGCCCUUUUAUGUACUCUACAUAAAAGAUUGUUGCUGCAUGAAAUGUGCAGUCAGGCAACUCUUUACAUCAUCGUAUAUUGCAGGCAAAAAAUAAAAAUUACAGAUAAGUAAAUUAUAAACCGGUUUUAUCUAUGGAAACAUAUCCUGUCCAACUGGGACUGUAUGGCUUUGUUAUUGUUUUUAUAAAACACUAAUUUCUCUACAGGCCCAUGAUGUUCAUUCAUGACUGCCAACUUUGGGUUGGCUGCAAUUUAAUGUGCUGUUAAGCUGUAUUGAUUUAUACUGAUUGUUUCUAUAAGUUUGUCCCCUCUUUAUAUAUCUGUCAGGGUGUUGAAGAAACAUCUCUUUGUAUAAUGUUGAUCAGUUAGACAGCACCUCAAAAUGCAGUCUGCUAUGAAGAACACAAAGUUGACUCAGCACAUCUCCAACAAUAACAAAGUACAAACAGUUGUGCUUGCAUAUUUGUUGUGGCUUUUGUAGAGUAUGUAACAAGGCUUAGUCUGAAGUCAUUUGUAGCGACGCUUUCGUAACAAGAAACCUGUUUUGAUCAGACGCGUAACCUCUACAUGUAAUAUGGUCUUUGAUGAAGAUGGAAAGCAGAGCUGAGGUAAAAGGAAGUUUGAGUGGUUAAUCAAAUUGAUUGUUGCAUUUACUGAGGAAAUUUGAUCCCGUACAGAUUGAAAAUGUGUUGUUAAAUUGACCAGAUGGCAUCUCAAAUAAUGUAUCAGGCCGGUUUCACUUAAGCCCCUUUCAGACAUGGGAUAAAAAACAUCAGUCUUAUAGAUUGACAGCAGUUGGAUUUUACAUGAAUUCUUCCCACGGCUUCGUUCAGGCACACACACAGCUUGCAAUAUAUCCAAAAGACCUAUCUCACUGGUGGCAUUGUAAGCAUCACUCUGUAGAUGUAGUUUCACUUGAGAACAUUUGUUCUCUCCUUCAUCGUCAGUACCAGCAGGGUUUCUCUGAUUUUGAGUGUGUGGGCUGCCGACUGAGCUGCUUCUCCCACACAAGCUCAGAGAAAUCAUCCUGUCUUCUGAACUGAAUAAAGCAAACACAUACACUUGAUUAUUGUUUAUGACGCACAUGUGACAGCAUGCAUCCAGACUUGUACCAUGUUGAAAGAAAUAUGUAAAUCUUACUAGGUAGACCUAGUGAGAUUGCUGUGUCUGAAAGGGGUUUUAGCUGACGGUGUAGUCUUAAAAAAAAUAAAAGAAUGGGGGCUGUUCACAUGAAAACAUUUCCUGAGCUUACUCGUUUGCAGGGUUUGAGGUAAAUUUCUAGACCAUCCUCCUAAAAAAGAGUUGGACUGGUUUUUGAUGGAUAUAAGCAGUGUGUGAAUAACCUGCUUGAUGUUUCGUAGUUUUGUUUUUUUGGGCAGUAUUGAUUAAAGCAGAGUAGACCCACAAGAGUGCAUGAUUUCAGUUGAGGUAGAUGAUUAUAAUUUACCUUACUUUCUUCCCCUCUUGGCUUUCUGUAAAUCUUGAGGUCUGUCCAAACAAAAAUAUGUUCCAACCUCAGGAACUGAAUAUAUCCUGUCAGUCUUUGCUUUGAAGGUCAGUUUUGCCUUUAAACGUCAGAACAGAGUCUUCACGUAAUUUAGUAGUUAUUCACACUUAGUUCUUUCUCUCUUAGUUUUGUGUUGAAUGCAUCCACAUCUUUCUCUGAUUUUAAGCAACAUUCAGUUGUUCAAUAGUUUUGGGGGGUUUUUGUUGGUUUUGUAUGUAUGUGAAUUUAUAAGAGCCAGGAGGAAUGUCAGCAAGCGAUGCAUGGCCAAUGGAGCUAAUAGAAUUUGAGCAAUUAAAAUUCAACUUUUAAUUUUU